AUGGGUGUUUCUCUUUCGACAGCCAGGUGGCUUGCGCCAGCAAGCUUUCUGAUCGACUUUGCCGCGCAGAACUAUGGCAUGCUCAGCAGCCCCAACAUGAAGGAUGUCCACGACGCCCACCUAUCGUUCUUCUCGCCUCAGCCAUUCUUCAUCGCAGGCUUCUUCUUCCCGCAGCAGCUCUUCCAGCUCGCCUGGCUGUGGAAGCUGUACAAGACUCCCAACGGAGCCGAAGCCACUGACAGCGAUGUCGCGACCAUGGUGGACUUUGCGCCAUUCUACUCACUUGGGAAUAUCUGCAUCGCCACGUGGAUGAUCUUCUGGAACCAGUCCGAGCUCAAGACCGCCAACAUCUUCGUCACAGUCAACUCCCUCGCUCAGCUCUACUUUGUCUUUGCCCGCCUGCCGCCCAUGAACCUGCGCUCGCGCACGUCAGUGCUCACCCACGUCGUGGCCAAGACCUUUGCGGGCAUCGGCGUGCUCGACCUGCUGCACAACUCCUCGGUCGCCUACUUCGACCACCAGACCACCGGCCCGUCCACGCUGGUCAAGGUACUCACAGGUGUCGGGUUCGGCGUGGUGGCCUCGUGCAGCGACUGGAUCUUUGGCGGGUGCCUUGUGUACGAUCUUGUGGCGCUGGCGGUGGGGCAGGGGAUAUACGGGAACCAGGGUUGGAGCAGGUUGCUCGGAGCGUAUGCCGUAGGCACGGCGGCCAUUGUCGGCGCAAAGAAUUGGAUCAGGCCUCCAUCGGGCACAGUGAAUUUGCUGAAUGCCUUGGACACCCUGGGAUUCAACACAUACCAUCUGUCUGUCAUGAUGAAAAAUGGACCGCCAGACGCCAAGCUUGUAGGAGAAGCUCUUGAUGCUGUCGUCUACGAGAAAGGUGGACACUACACUCGGCAAGAUUUUGACAAGCUAUUGGGAAACUAUGAUUCCCGUAUCACGCAGUCGGUGGUGGAGAUGCCCGGCCUUAUGUUUGAAGACAUUUACGCCGCAUACCCCGAGGCGAAGUAUAUCCUGACCGAGCGAGAUCCAGACAAGUGGGUGCGCUCCUGGCGAGACACGCUGGGUCAACGGCUGCUACUUGGGCGGAAGCUGCCUCUGUUCUUGUUUCGGGUCUUCAAUUCUCAUCUCAAUGAAUCCCACCUGGUUCUUGAGAGAAUGUUGGACCAGUGGACGGGCGGAAGAUUCCUGACUGCAGAAGGACUCGAACAUUCACGACAGUACUACAUCGACUAUGUUGCGAACGUCAAAGCCACCAUUCCGCCCGAGAACCUGCUGGUUUUGAACUUGGAAAAGGGGUUCGGAUGGCAAGAUAUUUGCCAGUUUCUGGACAAGGAUAUUCCAGACCAACCUUGGCCGGACAAGAAUCAGCUCGAGGCGUUCCAAGCGUUCAUCGACAGUCUCUGCGACCCUCUGAUCGAGAAAGCAAUGAAUCACACGCUUUCACUUACCGGCAAGACCGCAUUGGUCACUGGCUCUGGCCGUGAAGGAGGUAUCGGUGCCGGCAUCGCUCGAGCGCUGGCUAAGAAUGGCGCGUCUGUGGCGAUCCAUCACGUCUCAAAUGAGUCUCGCGAGAGUGCACAGAAGAUAGCUUCCGAGCUUGCUAAGGACUUUGGGGUCAGGACUGCUGUCGUGCAAGGAGCAGUGCAGGACCAAAAUGCUACCACGGCUAUGGUCGAGCAAGCACUGAAAGGCCUUGGCGCAGAUUACCUUGAUAUUCUGAUCAACAAUGCUGGAGGGACUGGGCCGCAGUCUCUUCUAGAUGCUACGCCGGAGCAGCUUGAAUCGCAAUUCUCAGCCAAUGUCUUCGACACUGUCUACAUGAUUCAGGCUGCUGUCAAGGUUGGCAAAAUGCCCAAGGGAGGCCGCAUCAUCAACAUCGGAUCUGCUGGGUCCAAGCUCGCCGCUGCUUACAACGGAAUCUAUGCCGCUUCCAAAGCCGCCCAAGAUUGUAUGACCAAGUCAUGGGCCGAUGUAGAAGGUCACCAUCUUCUUCUCGCCCGGUCAGGUCUCACUGCUCACCCUCCCUAG